CCUGGAAGAAACAAAGAACUGUGUGAAAAGCUUGAGAGAGACAUAGACCUUCAACUUGAUCCAGUCCAAAGAGCAAUUCAAAAAGCUUACCAGGUUUUUGAGACAUGCCUGCGUGAAGGGGUUGAAAAAUCUAUAAGCUCAUGUGAAGAAAAGCUGCAUAACUUCCUGUUUCCUCGGGGAAACAAGGGGGGUUAUCAUGGAACAUUGAACAGUGUUGUCAACAAUGGUGGAGUCUACAAAACCAAAAAUGGAAAACAAAUUAACCUCAACAUGAAACUCUCUUCGAUCCUGACUGACAGCGUUGAUAAGGAAUUCAGGAAGACCUUCCCAAAUGAACAAAAAUGUGGUCCAUUCAAUGGUGUCAUUGACAAGUUUUCACUUGACACUGAAAGUCUGAUGAAAAAGUACAAAGAUGUGAAACUGCAGCUGAUUUUUCUGCAGACAGAGGAGGAAAGAAUUAAGAAGAAGCUCAACAAACGCAUCAGAGACCAAAAGAAAAUAAUGUACAACAACCUGACAGAGACAAUUGAGAAGUCUAUGCAAGAAUGCUACAAGACUGCAGCAGGAUACUCGGGUCCUGGUAUGCUGGAGAAAAUGAGAGAAACAGUCUCAAGACAUGUUCAUGAAUCAAAGGGCACCAUGUUUGCCAAGGCUAAAAACGCCAUGCUGAGCCACCUGCUGAGAUUACAGGUGGAAAUUUUGAAAACAAUGAAGGACACAUUGAACAACUCCAUUGACCUCUCACUCAGGACAAACUGUCAAGCAAUUCCAGAUGUUUCAGCAGAGUUAGCAAUGGUAAAGAAAAUCUACAAGAACCUUAAGAACAGCUCAAAUUAGGAAAGCUCAUGAAAAGGCUCAUCUGAUGCCAUGACAAGAAUCAUCAUAGGGAAUACUGAAACAACUUUGCUCCAAUAUUAUUCAUUUAAAACAAAUGUAUUAAUAUUACAACUCCUUGCGUGUCCGUUAACCAUUUUCUGAUAAAUGAAUGCUUGUAUAGAAAUCAUUAUAUUAAUUAUAAAAAGUUUUGGUUUUUUUACUCUAAAAGACAUGAGUUUUGAUUUUUGUAGCAAAUGACUUCUGAAUGUUAGACUGGAGAAAGAAACAUGUCACAAGUGAAGUUUUAGAUAAGAAGAGAGAACCUUUCUACUGUGUAAUAAAAAUAACAUAGAUAUAGAUAGUUUUAAGUGUUUCACAAGUGAUUAUCAAGAUUUUCUUCGAUCAAUGUGGAAUAAUUUACUCAAGGUUUGACUUGUCGAAUUCACGUUUUAUGCAUGUUUAAAAUUAGUCUCAAUGUCUGAAAAUCAAUAACAUGCACCAUUUUUGUGUUUAACAAAUAAUAUUAUGAAUGUUUUUAUAUUUUGCUGUUUGUUGUUGGUGCUAAAAGUUGGAAAAAAUAAUAUGAAUGGAUUUUUUUUUUCACACUGAAUGAUGGACACACCCAAACAAAUCUGAUCAAACCCUAAAUCUCCAUCCUUGAAAUUGUUCCUUAAAUACUUAGUUCUCACUUAUACCUUGGAUAUUGUGCAUGGUUCAUACCUCAACGUAUAUACUUGACAAUUGUAUGAAGAAGGGCUUCAGGGACAGUAGAAAUUAGCAUCUAUCUUUAAUGGGACAAUUAAUCAGAUGGAGGUGUAGGGAAUUUGUCAUUAAUAGCUGUGGCAAUACAUUUUGGAGAUAGGUGCCUCACACAUGGAAUGCAACAACAUCCACAUAAGAAUAAUACUUUUACUGAAACAAUAAAGAGUUAUCUAAACCUGA